AGAAUUUAAUACCAUUGAGCUGCUAAUGCUUAAAUUGUAUAAUGCAUAGGUAUGUUUUUGACUAAAAAUUGUGUCAAUUUUUCUGAUAGAUUUUAGGCGAUGUCAAUUAUUAACUCGAUUGCGAUAAACGAAUCGGUAAUUUUUUUUUUGCUUCUGUUUCAUUUUACAUGUUCAACUCGGCUGGUUGCUUGAGUCAUAGAAGAAAGUUUUGUACAAAAUCAAUAUUUUAAUAAUGUGUCCGCCAUUGUGUAUCUAAAAUUAUAUGACUGAAGUGAACAUACUAAAGAUAUAAGAUGCAUCACUCGAAUGGUGUUAAGAAUACAUAACAUAUACUUUUAUAAAAUGAAGAUGUUUUCUAAAAUAAUAGUUAUCCUUGUGUCUGUGCAGUCAGUGUAUCUUGAUUGCGGUCCAUACAAUGGGCAAAUCUGCAAGCAUUAUUCUACUGGCUUUGUCUGGUACAAUCACACCGGUGGUCUCGAAAACGAAAAGAUCACGACAGGGCUAUGGAAAGAGAUGAUUUCUACUCUAAAGGAACCUUGUAGAAGUAGAGCGGAAAAACUUCUUUGCGCUUAUGCUUUUCCUAAGUGUAUCAACAAAGAUGGUGUUGGAUAUUAUGCUUUACCCCUGUGUUACGAAGAAUGUAUGGCUGUGAAAAUGCAAUUUUGUUACAACGACUGGAUCGUCAUAGAGGAACAGAAACGACGAGGUGUGUUUUUCGAAUCGAGGGGUCACUUCAGAUUUCCUGAAUGUGAAGAACUUCCCAAAUUUUCUGGUAAAGGAUCUCAGGUGACCUGCCAUAGCACUGGAAUUAUAGAUAUGGACUAUAGUUUAGUCACCAGAAAUUGUUAUCAUGGUAAUGGUCGUUUUUAUCAAGGCACACUGAAUGUGACAGAAACUGGACUUGCUUGUCAAACAUGGGAAUCCCAGUACCCACAUCAACAUACCAGACCUCCUUUAAUAUUCCCAGAAGUACAAAAUGCUACAAAUUAUUGUAGAAAUGCUGGAGGAGAAGAACGCAAGCCAUGGUGCUAUACAAUGGAUCCUAAUGUUAGAUGGGAGUACUGUGAUGUGCCAAUCUGUGCCAAUUCAACUGAUCAAAUUGACAAUAUUAAUGGACCAAUAAUAAUGGAGAACUAUUUUACACCUACUUUUGUAUUGUUGCUGUCAAUAGGUGGUCUUGGUUGUAUUUUAGGCAUAGCAUCGAUAGCUCUACUGUGUCAUUAUUUUUUGAAAAAUCAUUAUUCCAAAUGCAAUAUUUCUAACAGAAGAAAUGCACAAAAUAUGGAUAUUGACUUAGAUAAAUUGCCAAGUAACCUAGCUUACCACACAACAGGAGCCCAAUUAAAUCCAAAAUUGGAAAAAUUAGAAUUUCCCAGAAAUAAUAUUAUCUACAUCCGUGAUCUUGGGCAAGGAGCAUUUGGAAGAGUGUUUCAAGCGAAAGCUCCUGGUUUAGUCCCUGAGGAAGAAUUCACAUUAGUAGCUGUAAAAAUGUUGAAAGAUGAGGCCUCCCAUGAUCUGCAACUAGAUUUUGAAAGGGAAGCCUGCUUGCUGGCAGACUUUGAUCACCCAAAUAUUGUUAAGUUACUGGGUGUAUGUGCUGUGGGAAGACCAAUGUGUUUAUUAUUUGAAUAUAUGGGAAAAGGUGAUCUAAACGAGUAUCUGCGAGCAUGCAGUACAGCCCCAAACUAUCCCCCUGUUGUGGAAAAUAGGGAAGAUUUACGGCUCUUAGUGGCUCCACUUAACCAUUUAGACCUACUCCAUGUUGCAAGACAGAUUGCUUCAGGCAUGGUAUAUUUAUCAGAUAGGAAAUUUGUACAUCGCGACUUAGCUACAAGGAAUUGCCUUAUUAAUGAUGAUAUGGUUGUAAAAAUAGCUGAUUUUGGGUUGUCUCAUAAGAUAUAUCUACAAGAUUAUUAUAAAGGUGACGAACAUGAUGCUAUUCCUGUGCGGUGGAUGCCUUUAGAAAGUAUUUUAUAUAAUAAAUACACUCUUGAAUCUGAUGUAUGGGCAUAUGGUGUAUGCUUAUGGGAAAUAUUCUCAUUUGCUUUGCAGCCGUAUUUUGGUAUGACCCAUGAAGAAGUAGUUAGAUUUUUGAAGGAUGGAAAUGUUCUUGCCUGUCCAGACAAUACACCGCGGUGUGUUUAUGAUUUAAUGAAACAAUGCUGGAACCAUAGUCCCAGUGAUCGCCCUAACUUUAGAAUUAUCUAUCAAACUUUGGACAAUAUACAAAUGAUAUUGGAAAGAACUCAAUCUGAAUAAUUUUGUGCUUGUUCAUUAACAAAAAUUAAUUUCAUCCAAUAUUGUACAUAGAAAAAAAUACAUAUAAGAUUCUUGUCACCAUUGUACAUAACAGGUAAUGCAAUUGAGCAAUUCAUGUGUGCUAUUUAUUGUGUGUAUUUGUUUUUAUGUCUUAUAAGGGAUUUUAAAUAUAAGUAACAAUUAAUGUUGUAUAAGUUAAAAGAAUACGAAUUUGUUUUAAUUAUGCACAAUAACUUAUUUAUUGCUCAAAUCCAUGUUAUAACAUUGAAAUACUGCUUUUAAAUCGAAUAAGACUGAAUUAUUUUAAUUUAUUUUUAAAUGAUUAUACUCAAAAGUAAUUUAUUGGUUUUAGUUUUUAUUCCUUGUUUAUUGUUUGAAAAUGCGAUAAGUGUCCGAUUAAUCCUAUUUCAUCCAAAAGUUUAAUUAUUAAGUAAUGUUUUAAGUUCCUGGCCAAAAUCAAAAUUAAAAAAAGAUAUAUGUUGAAUAAAUUAAGUAGAAAACAAAGUAAUAGAAUCUUAUAUUUUUGUACUAGAUUAGCAUAAAAAAACUGUAAUUAAUAUUUGGUUACUUCUGCCCAUAAUUUAUAUCUUAUGAAAAAGAGAACAUUUAUAGCUUUAUGGUUUACAACUUGUGGAUAUAUUCUGAUUAGUUUAUCUUUUAGUUCAAACAAAUGAUGUUGGUGUAUUUAUUUGAAUAAGUGUCAAAUAAGCUAUCAGGGACAUAAGUGGUGAAUUAGGCCCUGAACAUUCACACACACAAACAGACAGGGCUGUACUUAUCUUUUCACUGUAUAUAGAUCAAUGAGUAAGCCUUUUUGGUGAAAUAUCAUUUUUAAAAUUAAGUCAGAAAAGGCUACAUGUUAGCCUAGGUAAAUUUGGAUUUUAUCUACUUAAUAUUUCGUAGAGGCUUAUUAUAUACUUAUUUGUAAAGGAAUUGAACAACUGCCACUUUCUGUCAUGUCAGGCCAUACAAUAGAAUAAUUUACUCUAUACAUAUUCAUUAUCAUAAUGAAUCAUUACUAAUCAGAUUCUGUAAACGGCCUUUAUUUUGCUUUGAAUUGUUUAACAAUAACAUUAUUCUUACUGUCUACUCUGCUGAGUACAUGUAUUUGUUAGUAUGAAAUCUUAUUUCAAGUAGUAAUUAUUAUUUUUAAAGAUAAGUUGAAUGUAUUUCAACGUGUCGAAGCAAUGAAAAAUGUAUUAUUUUAAAUACAGUAUGCACACUUUAAUCGACCAGUAACUUUUUUAAAAGUUUUUGCGAAAUAUUCAUGUUUAGUCAAAUGAAUUUUAAAACAUUUGAUUAUCUAAGAAAUUCAAUCUUAAGUAUAUAUAUAUUAUACAUAUAUGUAUUACUGAAGCCAAUGAAAAUUUUGAUUUUUUUUUUAAUAAACUUAAUUUUAUGAAUAUAAUCAAAUGCUAGUUAAGUUACAGUGAUAGUAAGAAUAUAAUUAUAUUUAUAUGUACACUGCCAUAAGUAUGUAUUAAAUCAUAAGUAGACCAAUACUUAAUAGGUACCUUCUGUUCAUUAGCUGUUACUUGUUUUCUACAAUGCCUUUAUCCUGUAAAAAUCAAGUUCAAAACGACAUUCAUGCCAAGUUUUUAAAAACUAUUUACAUACUUAAGGAAUAAAACGUACAUUUUUAAAUUAUUUUUCUUACGUAACUACCUACCUAUGUUAUAUAAUGUCGUUAAGAUUAAAUGAUACAAUUUUGCAAA